AUGACGGGUAGGAGGAUUUGGGGCGCACUAGGCUCAUGGUUCGUGGUGCUCCCUUUCCUUGCGCCAUGCGUCUUCGUGCUCCUGCUGUUGCCCGCGUCCCUGGCUCAUCCUCAACCGUGUCAAAUCUUGAAAAGGAUCGGGCAUACCGUCAGAGUAGGGGCCCUGCACCUGCAACCUCGUGUCUUAAGCCAAAAUGCCUUUAAAGGGAAUUAUUUCGACGGAGACUGGGACGGUGACAGGGACAGUGUGUUGACGGGAGAGGAGUUUGAAUUAAUCAGCAGAGCCGUUAACGAACAUGGACUUGGGAACCUGAGGACUAAGGGCUCCACGGGUAACCCAAACAGGGGCGCAAAAAGUAAGAACAUGGUGAAGAAAGAGGAGGACGACGUCGUGUUCCUGCCAAGAGACUCUAUCCUACUUGCGAUGGAGACGCUCAACCGAAUGACGGGGCUUUUACCAUACAAUUUAUCUCUGGAUGUAGUGAUGGCUGUUGAGACGGGACUAGGGGAGCUGCCAGCGUUCUCUUUUGCCUCUGCCUCCACGCCGCUCUGCUCCGACCCCGUGUGUUUUUUACAAAGUGUCUGCCACACUGUUAUCGUGCAAGGAGUUUCUGCCAUCAUGGCUUUCCCGCAAAACAGGGACGAGUUGCUGAUCCUGGAAUUCAUUUCAUCCGCGCUGCAGGUGCCCGUCAUCAGUGUGGUCCAGAGCGAGUUCAAACGCCAGAGCAAGAACGAUCUCCACUUUCAGAUGGCCAUGCAGAACCCGCCCACCCCGCGGGCCGACCUCAUCUUCGCCCUGCUCACCCUCAACAGCUGGUACGACGUCAGCCUGCUGCUGUGCCGCGAGCAGAACAUCUCCGACUUCGUCUUCAUGCUGCGCAACAACUCCCGCUUCCACCUCGGCACCGUGGCCAACAUCUCCACCAGUUCCGGCUCGCGCUCCGACUUCCAGGCCCAGCUGCAGCGCCACCUAGAGUCCAUCAAGGAGUCCACGUCCACCGUGGUGACGUUCGGCUGCGACAUCCGCGACAUCAAGCGCAUCUUCACGGCCGUGGCCAAGUUCGGCUACGCGCUGCCCGACUACCACUGGGUGCUGGGCGACUCGCAGAAUGUGGAGGAGCUGCGCACGGAGGGCCUGCCCAUGGGGCUGCUGGCACACGGGCGCAUGGGCGCGCCCUCGCGGGACCAGUACGUGCAGGACGCGCUGGAGCUGGUGGCGCGGGCGGUGGGCAACGCGGCGCUGGUCGCCCCACAGCUGGCGCUCGUGCCGGGCAUCACCAACUGCAUGACGACGCAGGAGGACAGGAGGGGCGUCAGCUCAGGAAGAUAUCUGGCCAGGUUCCUGGCAAACACCACGUUCGAGGGUCUGAGCGGCUACAUUGGCGUCCGCGGCGGCGAUGACGCCGCGGUCAUCACGUCCGAGAGCCACUACUUCAUCUGGAACCUGCAGCACGACCCCGUGGGUAACCCCAUGUGGACGAGGCUGGGCAGCUGGAAGCACGGCCGCGUCAUGAUGGACUACGGCGUCUGGCCGAACAAGCGGCGCGCGCACCACAGCACCGACUGGCGGCACCCGUCGCGCCUUCACCUGCGCGUGGUGACGCUGGUCGAGCACCCGUUCGUCUUCACCCGGGAGGUGGACGACGACGGCCACUGUCCCGCGGGGCAGCUCUGCUUGGACCCUUUGACCAACGACACGGCUUUGCUGCAGCACCUCUUCAAGGCCCUGAAAGGCGUCAAUAACACCGUGCCCUUGGAGUACAAAAAAUGUUGCUACGGCUAUUGUAUCGAUCUGCUGGAAAAGCUGGCGGAGGACAUGGGGUUUGACUUCGACCUGUACAUCGUCGGCGACGGGAAAUACGGAGCGUACAAGAACGGGCGCUGGACGGGGCUGGUGGGGGACCUGAUGAGCGGGGCGGCUCACUUGGCCGUGACCUCGUUCAGCAUCAACUCGGCCCGCAGCCAGGUCAUCGACUUCACCAGCCCCUUCUUCUCCACGAGCCUGGGGAUCCUGGUGCGCACGCGGGACACGGCGGCGCCCAUCGGGGCCUUCAUGUGGCCCCUGCACUGGAGCAUGUGGCUGGGCAUCUUCGUCUCGCUGCACGUCACCGCCGUCUUCCUCACCAUCUACGAGUGGAAGAGCCCCUUCGGUAUGACGCCCAAGGGCCGCAACCGGGACCGCGUCUUCUCCUUCUCCUCGGCGCUCAACGUGUGCUACGCCAUCCUGUUCGGCAGGACGGCGGCCAUCAAGCCGCCCAAGUGCUGGACGGGACGCUUCCUGAUGAACCUCUGGGCCAUCUUCUGCCUGUUCUGCCUGUCUACGUACACGGCAAACCUGGCUGCCGUGAUGGUGGGGGAGAAAACGUACGAGCAGCUCUCAGGAAUACAUGACCCCAAGCUGCACCAUCCAUCGCAGGGCUUUCGUUUCGGGACAGUGCGGGAGAGCAGCGCCGAGGACUACGUGAAGAAGAGUUUCCCGGAGAUGCACGAGUACAUGCGUCGCUACAAUGCACCGGCUACUCCCGAGGGGAUUGACCAUCUCAAAGAAGAUCCUCAGAAACUCGAUGCCUUCAUCAUGGACAAGGCCCUUUUGGAUUAUGAGGUUUCCAUUGAUUCUGACUGUAAACUGCUCACAGUCGGGAAGCCUUUUGCCAUUGAAGGGUACGGCAUUGGCCUCAAGCAGAACUCGCCCCUCACAUCCAACAUCUCGGAGCUGGUCAGCCAGUACAAGUCAGACGGCUUCAUGGAUAUGCUUCAUGACAAAUGGUACAAAGUGGUUCCCUGUGGAAAACGCAGCUUUGCCGUCACAGAGACUUUACAGAUGGGGAUAAAGCAUUUCUCAGGACUCUUUGUGAUGCUGUGUGGAGGGGUGGUGCUAUCCCUUCUGACCACCGCAGCCGAGCACAUCCUCCACCGCUGGGUGAUUCCAAAAAUGAAAACCAAACCACAGUACAAAUACUGGCUUCACACCAGUCAGAGAUUCCAUCGAGCACUUAAUUCCUCAUUUAAUGAAGACAAACUACCCACGGUCGCAAAACCGGAAAAAAGGUGCAACGUUGGCAACAACCAACAGCAAGUCUGCUGGAACGCCACCGAGAAUUCCAACUGCAACAGAAGGAAACCGACCAAUCAGAGCCAGCAGAGUCAGCAGCAGCAGCAGCAGCAGCAGCAUCUGGACAUAGAAUGCCAGUGCAAGGAGCUUCAGCCGCUGCAGGUCAAGCGACAGACUUCCUCUUUGCAGGCCACGUCCAACGGCAAGACAGACUUGCUGGGCCUGGCCAGGAACCCCAUCGUUCAGGAACUGACAGACCUGGAGACGCAGAUCCAGAUCAUCAAGCAGCAGCUACAGAUGGCGAUGAAGAGGAAGAAAGAGCUGGAGCAGUUUCAGCAGAACAAACGAACGCCUUCGAGUUCGAACGACUCGUAGAGAGCAGCUGCAGCAGAGAGAGACUCACUCGACUAGGGCUG